AUGACACCUAUUGAGAAUGACGAGGAAGUCAAGUCCAUGUUUCAAUGUCACAUAACAUUUUCUCAAUUACCCACCACUGAGAUAUAUGUUCGUCUACUUGAAAAUCUUGAAACAUAUCCAACACAAUCCAUACAGUCACACCAGUACAGAAUGAGUCAAACCACUGACGAAGAACCGACUCAAAAUAAUGAACCUUUCAUACAGAAUGAAGAGGUUGGCGAAGACAGUGAGGAUGAUCAAGAAGAGGUCCAAUUUGAAGAUCUAUUUUGUGCUAGCGAUGAUGAUGGCAAUGAAGACCUCAUCGACACACCUACCGUAGCAAUAAGAGCUCAACUGAUUAGUUUGUACAAUUCACAUGUUCACAUGCAAAAUAUAAGUUUGGAUGAUGCUGAACUGAUCUCUGUUUUUGGGAGUUUCACACCAAUUCACAUUGUUGAUGACAUAGAGGAGGGCAUGGAGUUUGUUGAAGUGUGUGUUGUUGCGUUGCAACAAUGGCAUAUAAAAGGUAGUCUAGAUUAUUCAUUGACUAAAUCUGACAAUGUAUGUUAUGUCAUCAAAUGUAAAUUUUUUGCAUGCAAAUUCAAAUGCAGGGCUUCUUUGCGUAAGGGGAACUCAAAGUGGAAGAUUGGUAAGUUUAGUGGGCCUCAUACAUGCACAACCACUUAUAUGUCACAAGAUCAUAGAAAACUCAAUUUAGAAAUGAUUAGUAAGAGCAUAAUAGAGCUUGUUAAUUGCGACGCUUCUCUUAAGGUGAAGGUGAUCAUCGCUCAUGUUGCAGAAAAAUACAUGUACAUAAUAUCGUACAAAAAGGCAUGGAUUGCAAAGUGUAAGGCAAUUGAGUCGUUGUAUGGAAAUUGUGAGACAUCUUACAACAAUCUACCACCGUGGAUACUGGUUGAUGGAACAUGGUUGUAUGGCAAGUAUAAAGGGACUCUGUUGAUGGUUGUGGCACAUGAUGGGAACGAGAACAUUUUUCCAAUGACGCAUGAAUCAAUAAAGAGUGCAUAUAACAAUCCUGAAAAUGGAUGGAAAGAUCCCCCAUCUUCACACGUCUAUUGCAUUAGACACAUUGCACAAAACUUCAUGCGUGAGAUUAAUGACAGGGAACUGUGCAAAAAAGUUAUUAACAUGGGUUAUGCCUUGACAGAGGCGACAUUUAACUACUAUCGCAGGGAAAUCCGAAGAACAAACAACGACACUUUAUCAUGGAUAGACAACAUCCCUCGGGAGAAGUUGGCAAUGACAUAUGACGAAGGGCAAUGCUGGGGUCACAUGACAACUAAUCUAGCAGAAGCAAUGAACUCCGUACUCAAAGAAACCUGA